GACAAAAAUUCGUCGGCAUCAGGUGGGCGCUUUGUGUUUCUUCCUACACCCGCAAACCCUCCAAACCCCCCAACACACCCCAACAAAGACGAAGCGAGAGCCGCCGCGAUGCAGCAAGCGAUGCCCAUGCCGGCGGCGGCGGCGGCGCCGGGGAUGCCUCCGUCUGCUGGCCUCAGCACCGAGCAGAUCCAAAAGUACCUGGAUGAAAAUAAGCAACUAAUUUUGGCUAUCUUGGAAAAUCAGAACCUGGGAAAGUUGGCGGAAUGUGCUCAGUAUCAAGCUCAGCUUCAGAAGAAUCUUUUGUAUUUGGCUGCAAUUGCUGAUACUCAGCCACAGACCUCUGUAAGCCGUCCUCAGAUGGCACCACCUAGUGCAUCCCCAGGGGCAGGGCAUUACAUGUCACAGGUGCCAAUGUUCCCUCCAAGGACCCCUCUAACGCCUCAGCAGAUGCAGGAGCAGCAACUACAGCAACAACAGGCUCAGAUGCUUCCGUUUGCUGGUCAAAUGGUUGCGAGACCUGGGGCUGUCAAUGGCAUGCCCCACGCCCCUCAAGUUGAACCAGCCUAUGCAGCAGGUGGGGCCAGUUCUGAGCCUUCUGGCACUGAGAGCCACAGGAGCACUGGUGCCGAUAACGACGGUGGGAGCGGCUUGGCUGACCAGUCCUAAGAAAGCUACGAGCUUGUGUUUUAGGCCGCAGAAUGCAUGUAUACUACCACCCGGAUGAACAGAGGAUCGUCCCUGUGCCCUUGAAUGAUAAGUGGCCGUGAUCUUCGCGUGGAUGAUGAGUAGUAGUUGUUAUGUUUGCCUUGGCUUUUCGGAUUACAACAGACGUAGAUUAUCAUCAUCUGUGCUGUGCUUGACUUUCUGCAUUCAUCAUAGGUCUUGUAUCCAAGUUUACAUGGAAUAAUAAUAGGUCCCAGUUGUUUGUUCCUCGUGGUGGUUGUUGUCUGCCAACUAGACUAGUGUAAAAUCCUGAAAUGGUGGUAAGAUGUUUUUCUCCUAUCAGAUGCUUAUCUCCAGCAGUUGUUGCUACGUUGCAUUGGUUGGUGUUGAAGUAGCAUGAUUGUUUUUCCUAUUAAA